GCAGAGUUUCCAACCUCCCAAGGCAUUUAAGCUGUUACUCUUCUGCACUGCUCCUUCUUCUGAACGAUACAUGUAGGAGAUGCAGCCUGAAAAGUCAAAGAAAUUCUCUGCUUCAAAAAUGACUCACACACGCAACCUGGCACCUAGUUUCAAACAAAUGGAUACGCUGAGUUCAAUUGAGGCAGAGUACAUAAAGAAUCUACAGAAAGAAGUCUACCUACUGGAACUUGAGACAUCAUUUCUAAGAGAGCAAGCUAAAAAGGCUACCAGUAUUCAACCAAAAAUCAGCACUCAAGCGGAAAAAGUGUUGCAGAAGAUGAAGGAAUUACAGUCAGAAAUAAAUACUGCUCAGCUGGAACUUGGAAAGAAAGAGAACAGCACCAAGUUUUUCGAUGCAGAAAAUCAAGCCAUGCAUAAACAUCUGCAAACUCUAUCAGAUGCAAAUACUAGAGAAAAGCUGUUAUUAAUGGAGGAUGUUACAAAGCUGAAGAAACUUGCUGAGAUUGUCAUUCAGGACAUUUCACACAAAGAAGCAGAGCUACUAGAAGUUCAGAAAGAGCUACAGAGGGCCAUGAAUUCCAUGAAAGAAAAAGAGCAUAAGCGCCAUCAUUUGGAAAAUCAACUACACCAGCAGAUUCAACACCACCAGGAUAUGGAAGCAAAGCUUGUGGAAAAUAGAUCAGAAUGUGUAAGAGUGCAGGCGUUGCUCCACCAGCUGGAGGAGAAAUACCUUACUAGCUCACAGUCCAUGCAGCAGCAUAUUGCUAAAGAACUUCGGGAGGAAGCUGAAAAAUUAAGACAGCAGCUCAAAGAAAAAGAACUUUCUGCUGAUGAGGAUAAAUAUUUACGCAACAAAAUGGCAGAAGAUUGUGGAUAUCUGACAAAAGAAAAUGGCUUCUUACAGUCUCAGGUUCUGGAAGCAACCAGGCAGCUAGAUAGAGAGAGGCAGCUGAGAGAGGAGGAAAGCACCUGCCGUACAAGAAGGAUUUCUGAGCUAGCCUGUGAAAAGGAGAAAGAACGACAACUUGAGAUGGAGCUCACUUACGUGAAGAGACUACUGCAGGAUGAAAGACAGAAGGCUCUUACUGCACAAGAGCAGGUACUACGUCUCCAGCAAGAAAGGAAAUCUGUAAAUCUAAAUGGACAGUCACUUCAGAGCCAGCUAAAAGAUUUAGAAAGGAGAUGGUCAAGAGCUCAACUGGAAAAUUCAAAACUGCGAACAGAAAAAACUCAUUUAGUAGAACAUAUUUCUCAGUUACAUAAACAGAUUUCUGAGAAAGAGGAUGAAAUCCGUCGCAUGCAUGAACAUGUUAAUACUAUGUCCUAUGACCUGACUAGUCUGAAAUCUCAAGUGGAAACAGAACAUAGCUUGCAGAGAGAAAGAUGGAAAGAGUUCUCCAAUAUUCUAAUGGCAUACAAGUCACCUGCUAAAUGAGCUCUAUUUAGGGAAGUAGUUACUUAAAAUGAGCUAACCUAAUAAUUUUAAAAAUGAAACUGAUACUAACAAUUAGUUCCUUAAAUUCCCAUUGAAAAAAAAAAAAAAAAGUGUCCUGAUGCAUCUAUAUAAGGUAUACUGCUCUUCAUAGAUUUCAUAGACUAUUAGGGUUGGAAAGGACCUCAGGAGAUCAUCUAGUCCAACCCCCUGCUCAAAGCAGGACCAAUCCCCAGACACAUUUUUAGCCCAGGUCCCUAAAUGGCCCCCUCAAGGACUGAACUCACAACCCUGGGGGUUUAGCAGGCCAAUGCUCAAACCACUGAGCUAUCCUUCCCCCCCCCCCCCCGGAGUAUGUAAUAUUCUGCAUUUCUACAUAACAAAUGAAACUAGAGCCUAUCAGAAUCACUUGGAACCUGGGGAGAUGGGCUAAGAACACUGGGGGAGGCAGCAUGCUCAUCCCUUGUGAAGCUGGCUUCAAAUUAAUUAAAAAGCAACCCAUUUGGCCACUUCAAGGAGUGGUGUUUUUGUAAUUGCAAAGGUAGUACCAUGCAGUCAUCACUCCUGUCCUAACCAAGGUGGCAGACUCUGUCACGAGCAGUCAAGGCUGAUUCCCCACUCUGGCACUUCAAGUGCAGAAAGUGGGGGCCCGCAAGGAAUCUAAAAAUUAAUACUGGCCACUCCAGGCUUGUAUUAAACUCCCAAAGUUACAACUUCUCCCUGAUCUUGGAUGGGUAGAUGCUGCCACCACCCAAAUGCAAAACCCCUUGGAACCCAGGAAGGCACACUUCGGAACUCCUUCCUGUGGGGUACCUCAAUCCCUUUCACCUCGCCUCCAGUGAAGAGCUGAGAAAGAAAACAAAGGAAAUUAGCUGUUACCCCCAGCUAAUUAAACAUAGGCACAAACCUCUUAGGAUUCCAAAAAUCCUAUCCUGUUCUUUAAAAAGGUAAAUUUUAUUAAAAACAAAAAAGAAAGAACACACAUCUGGAACUUAGGCUUUUGCUAGAUUUAAAAAAAAAAAAAAAACAACCACUUACAAAAAUUAAACAUCAAGAAUAACCUUAGAGGACCAUCUUAAAGGUUACAAGCAAAACAAAAAGCAUUUGGGGUUAGCACAGAGGAGUCCCACAAGCCAAUAAGAAAUAAACAAACAAAUAAACCUAAUCACGUCUUUCUAAACAUUCCUGAUCUAUUAGGAUUCUGUUAAAUAAGAAGUUCUAGAUAUGAGCUGAUGAUUUUCAUAUCUGGCCUUUAGCUUCUCACAUCAUAACUGCACCCUGUUCCUCUUUUUCCGGGAGAACAGCAACAGCACACAAAGGGAAAGCUUUUCCCCCCCAAUUUUAAAAAGUUCUAGCCUUCCCAUUGGCUCUUUUGGUCAGGUGCCCACUCCCUUCCUUUUACCUGGACUUUAACCCUUUCCAGGUAAAGCAAGUAGAGAACAGCUACCAAGGGGGACUUUAUAGCUAACUGGCUGGCUGAGUGUCCAUAAAAGGGAGCUACUCCCCUCCCCCUUCUUUUAUCACACGAGCCCUUGAAGGGACAAACAUGCUUCCUGAAUUUAACAUUAACAGUAAUGGAUUUUCUAUUUAAUUUUUAAUUAUUUGAAGAGAGCUUUAAAAAGUAAUUGUUUAAAUGAAUGUUCUUGGCACACAAACACUAACAUCCUCUACCAAAAGCAAAUGCAUCAAUACUUAUAAAACUAUACUAAAUUUCUGAAGUUCAUUAUAGCAACCUUCUUGAAAGCCUGAGAAUUAAAAGUUAGUGAGCUUUCGGCCUUCAAGAUCAACAGGAAAAAUUCUUUGUUGAACUAAUCUAGUAUUAUAUCACCUAUAUCAACUCAGAAAUUAAGGAAGAAAUGUCAAGUCCAUUCUUAGCUUUCUCAAAAAAAUUCUUUUUGGCUCAAAGUAAAUUAAACUAGGUCUCAAAACAAAGGUGACCAUUUUGGAAGUUUUGAACAAAAUCCAUUUAGCCCUUUUCAGAGGAGUAGAAAAGUUUCCAUAAGAAAAACAAAACAUGUUUGCACUUAAUUUGAAAACUGCUUCAGUUUAAAGCAUCAGACUCAACUCUACAGUUAUAGAUCUGUCCUUUUGAAAAGGCAGGGAAAUUCAAAAAAGUUAACAGUUUCUACAGCAGUAUUAGUUCAGCCAAACUGCAGUUAAGAAUGUAAAUCUCUGGCCUCAGAUACAACCUUGCUCUGCAUAUAUCCAUUCAGAAUGCUGCUGCAAAUAUUUUUCUAGCCCUUCACUUUGACCCCCACCCAUCACCUCUCUGCAUGGCUCCUCUGCCCCCCUUCUCUAACGCAUCAAACAAACUAUUUGUCUUUACUUUCAAGGCCCUUCAGAGCCUAUCAUGGCACUUAACUCACAUGUUUAAAGCACAGUGCAAACCUUAAAACUUUCUCAAAAUCAACUGUAAAACGACCUGUGCAGCUAAAUUUCUAACUCAAUGCUGCAUUAAUGUAGAUGUCUGCAUUUAGAAUUUUUACUUACUAAUGUUAUGAACCUUUAAGUUUUAUAUUUUUAUACUACAAGUGUGCUAAUGAUUGUUUGCUGCUUGAAUUUUGACAGAUAUAAAUCGAAUUCAUAACAGGAAAAAUGUUUCACAUAGCUGGAAAUCUUAAAGGCAAAUGCCAAGCAAAUAUUGGGUUCAAAUCCCUACAACACAAUGUACCUAAAAUCAAGUAAAUUUAGUUAUUCACUACUGUACAUUUUAUUCCCCCAACCUGCAUGAAACUUCCUGCUUGAUGUCAGUAAAAAGUAUAUUGGAAGAGUUUGUUCUGCUACUACUUUCCCACAUAUAAAAACUAAGUUUUUAAUAUUCUCUGCUGGGCCCUAUCUAAGAGUGCUACUGUGGUCUUCAAAAGUACUCCUCUCUUCAUAUGAGUGCCAAGUUUUUUUUUUUCUACCUUGGAGUUAUUAGGACCGCAGACUUCUGUCAAACUCCUAUUGCCUUUAUUACAAAAACACAGGUUUGUAAAUAAAAUUCUGUAUGCUACAGCCAAACUCCUUAGCUAUUUUUAUUUAGUACAUUGGUAUCUAAUCUUGAUCAAGUUUUCUGUAGCACCAAACGUACAGAAGACCAUCUCAGUCCCAAACAGCAUAUAAUCUUGUUAAAAAGGAGGUAAUAAAAAUAAAUUAGCAUGCAGUAAAGGAAAAAGUGCUGGAUUUUUUAAACGAGCUAAUAGGAUGCCAUGGGAGACUACAAUACAUAGUAACUAACAAAACAUAAUUGGCACUGCACCUCAACAACAUUUGAGCCCACCUCACAGGGAUUGAAAAAAAUGUAGUAGAUUUCUUGGGUUUUCCCAGAGUGGUAGCACCAAGUUGUUAGUCUUAAACCCAGUAAACUGGCCAAUAUAUUCAAGAGGAGAGCAUCUAACACAAAAAGGUCUUCAUCACAAGAGGUAUUCAAAUUUUCCACAAAUCCAACUGCUUUUUCCACCAGAACAUUACUGCCUCCAUUGAUUGAUCAGGUUCUCUUCUCUUCAUUUCCUCUUGGCACAAAAAAGCUCUCAAAGAAGAUAACCAGUUUAUCCCAUAUUUAUUUCUCAUCAGAUUUCCAGUGUCAAACUUCCCAAGCCUUUUAAAAAUAAUAAAAUGAUUAACCAAAAACUGACUAUUCUUACAAAAUGAGAAAUGCAACUUGUUUGCAGUGCUCAAUACCAUGAGGCCUUAACUCCCUGUUUGAGAUCCCUAGGCACCACACUAGAAAAUUUUUAGGUAAGAUGGGAAACCUGUUUUGCUGACUAACAUGGAAGGAGCAGUUGCCCCUUACCCUAACAAGGUAGGACAGACCCAUAAGCUUAACUACUUUAGCAGUUUUAAGAUUUUGGUUAAAAGGUUUCUUAAAACCUCAACUAAGGGACGUCUUUACUACUAAGCCACUGUCAGGGGUAAUACAGAGGCCAUAUCUACUCUACAAACCAUGGUCAAUGCAAAUUCCAUUAGCAUACAUAGGUCAAAGUUCGUAGAUCACUUGGGCAUGUACAGACCUGGCUGCUUGCAUUGGUGCUGGACACACAACAGGAGCACUUGUAUCUAUGCAGAAGUGCGGUGCACCGGGGUAGAUGCACCAGACAAUGGUAUGUAGCAAACUGGGUAAUUCUUUUUGGGAAGUUCUUGAAUGUGUUGGAUAAAAAUGAGUUGCCCAGUGAUCUCUGGGAGCUAGGCAUCAAGUUCCCAGCAUGCAACUUUCUCCAUCCCAUAAUCCAUCCAUAUCUCAUAAUUGUCAUGCCUUAAAAAAAAAAAAAAAAAAAAAAAAUCCACAAACUCAUGCAGCGCUUUUCCAUCUCCACCAUCUCUGACAGAAGCAUGGAGCCUGCAGAGCUCUGCACUAUUCUUAUGAACGUUGCAAAUACAGGACACACGAUCCUCCUGCAUUUGCAGACCUGCAGGAAAUACCGCAACCAUGGAGGAUGUGACAAUUUCUUCAAGGACAGUCUGUCAAGCAAACACACAAUUUAAGGCUGUUGGGAGCACAUUCCAAGAGCAGCUGCAGACGGUGCAUUUCUGGGACCAAGAAAGUAGCACGGCUUGGUGGGCUUGCAUUAUAAUGCAGGUUUAGGAUGAGUAGCAGCUGCAGAACUUUUGGAUGCAAAAAGCCACAUUCCUCCAUCUGUGUGCCAAGGUUGCCCUACCCCUCCAGCAUAGGGACAGCAGAAUGAGAGCUGUGUUGACAGCAGAGAAGUGAGUGGGCAAUCGCACUGUGGAAGCUUGCAACACCAAAUUGCUACUGGCCAGCAGGAAAUAAUUUUGGAGCUGAAAAAUGUGCAGUGGGGGCAGUUGUCAUGCAAGUGUGUAGGGCUACGCAGGACUGGGACUCUCAGCAACGUGCAAGAAUGCUGGAUGGAUUUGCAAUAAUGGGGUUCCUGAACUGCAGUGGGGCAAAUAGAUAAGCAUGCACAUCCCUCUUUUGGAACCAACUCAUCUUGCCACAGAGUACAUCAACAGAAAGGGAUACGUUUCCAUGCUCCUGCAAAGCACUGGAUCAUGCGACCUCUUUCCCGUCCUCUUUUCCUUAUGCAUGUAUACUGCAAUAUUUGUUCUGAAUAAAGAUAAUUUGAUUCUCCAAAAAUAGAACUUUGACCAGCAAAAACCUUGCAGAAAAACAAUAUGCAAAAUAACCAUAGGUAAUAGGGGGAGAGGGAUAGCUCAGUGGUUUGGCCUGCUAAACCCAGGGUUGUGAGUUCAAUCCUUGAGGGGGCCACUUAGGAAGCUGGGGCAAAAAUCAGUACUUGGUCCUGCUAAUGAAGGCAGGGGGCUGGACUCUAUGACCUUUCGGGGUCCCUUUCAGCUCUAUGAGAUGGGUAUAUCUCCAUAUAUUUUAUAUUAUUCCAGUUUUAAAGUUUCACUGUUAAUUUAUUAAACCAGAAAGGGAAUAAAUAUGUCAAUUUGAGUGCACAAAAGUAGUCUGUUGUGGCUACACAUGCACCAACUGUGGUACACACAGGUCAGUGUAUAUGAAACUGGUUUUCCUUCCUGUCUCCCAGCAUGGACUGCUCAAGGUAAGAAUGCAGCCCCCAAUGCCACUAGGAAUGUUGCAGGGGAUAUAAUAAGCAGUAACCAUGGAGUUCUCCAAGGCCUGCAAAGGGUCAAGAGUUUUGGGACCCAAUCAAGCUUUGUAGCAUUUGGGUUUGCUGCCUGAGGUGGUGGUGCAUUUCCCUUUCCUGGGACGCUUGGGCCUUCUUCCUGUCCUCUUUCCUUAUCCAUGCUGUUGGUCAUAUUAGCCCUUCAAGCCUUUUGUUCAUGGUCCAAUGCAGCAUUGGCAUGCAGGAUCUCUCCGAACAUGUCCUGCCUAGUCCUCUUUCUCAUCCUCAUCAUCCUGUCUCCCAGCAUGUGUCAUGUAGAGGCAGAUGGGGGGUGGGUUGCAGCUGAGUUGGGUGCAGGGACACAUGGGGACAGAAGCAGCUGUGCCUGACUAAUUAGGAGAGUCUAGGGGUCAGCAUGGGAGAGGCUCCCUAACAAUCCCUCCCCUCCACCUGUCUUCCCCAUCCUCCCCCCAAACCCCUGUUCCAUACUUUUCCCACCCACACCCAACCUUCCAGGUUCACUCCCAGGCUCGGUAAGGGAGGUGGUUUCUGGUCUCUGACCUCUGCGCAAUGUGACUUUACAAUUGUGACCAAAACAGUCACAAUCACAGGGAAUGGGACAGCUGCUGGAGGACUGUUUGGGCAGACACGGGUCAUGCAGUGUCUACACUCUGACUUAAUUGACUUCAGUAGGUGGACCAUGGCUCUACGCUGUUCAGGGAGGUGGUGGUGGUGCGGGGAGUGUCUGCAUCAUAAGAAGGUGCUUACAUCGUCCGGAGACAAAUCUGAGCGUAAUCUAAGGGCAGAUCAUGCAUAAAUAGGUUGACGUAAGUUGAUUUAUGUCAACCUAACUCUGUAGUGUAGAUAAGGCCCUAGACUGGCCCAAUUAGAGACUUGAUGAAAAACUGGCAAUUAGCAAGUAUGUUUUCCUCCUAUUACGCCUAGUCAGUCUGAAUAGAACUCCCAAACCACCACCAGGUGCUAUGAUAGAUCUUAUUGCUAAGAAAUCACCACACACAAAUUCCACCUUCUAAAGAUAAGCUAAAUGUACAGACAAAUGUUUUGUUGUAGCAGCAAGAAUAUGUGAAGGGAUGUCUACAUUGCAGAUCUGCAAGCCCUGGUAGAUGUAUGGGCUCUUUUCAGGACGUAGUCCGGUCUCUAGUAGAAUACACUUGAGCGCUGUGGGAAAGGGAGGGAAACUGCCUAGCUGUCAUAUAGACAACAAUCUUCAUUCAUCUGUAAAUAGACUUCUAAUUACAGGGUAAGCAGGUUGGGCAGACAUUCUGUUAUCUAGAUUUAUGUACAAUCUAAGCACAGAGGCAGAAGCUUUUCUUUAUGUUUGCAAGGAAUUUUAAGAGCCUCAGAUGACAGGCAUUUUAGAAGUGCCAAGUAUUCUGUUCUCAUUCUUUUGGAGGCAGUUCUUCUACCAAAAUGUCCCGCGAGCAAAGUUGAGGAUGGAAUCUUAGGCCUUGGCUACACUUGUGAGCUGGAGCGCAUUAAAUCAGCCCCGGGCACCCUAACUCCAGAGGUGUCCACAGUGGCAAGGCAUGUAGAGUGCCCAGACUCCACGGCUGGAGCACGCCGGUAAUCCACCUCCAUGAGAAGCAUAAAGCUUGCUGCACCCAGCUGGAGCACCAACGUGUCCAUACUGGCACCGUGGUCUAUUAAUGCACUCUGAUCGGCUGCCGUGCAGUAUCCCACAAUGCCUGUUCUAGCCACUCUGGUCAUCACUUUGAACUCUACUGCCCUGCCCUCAUGUGAUCGUCAGACCUGCCCUUUAAAUUCUCUAGGAAUUUAGAAAUUCUCCUUCCUGUUUGCUCAGCAAGGCAUAUAGUGCUCUCCGUGCAUCUUUCCAGGUGGCCAUGCCUCCAUGUGCCAGGUGAUCCCCAGUAUGGAGCAAUGGUGAGGUGCUGGACCUCAUCAGUGUUUUGGGGGAGGAAACUGUCUAGUCCCAGCUGCGCUCCAGCCAUAGGAAUUACGAUACCUACGAGCAGAUAUCAAGGGCCAUGACCAGGGUUAAAGUGCGGAAUGCCUACUACAGAGCGCAGGAGGCGAACCGCCACUCUGGUGCUGUGCCAAUAACCUGCCGUUUCUACAAAGAGCUGAAUGAGAUGCUUGGGGGGCGACCCCACCUCCACUCCAAAGAGCACCAUGGACACUUCAGAGGCCGUGGCAGCCCAGCGUUCAACAAGGCAAGAGGAGGAAAGCGGGAGUGAGGAGGGGGGCCCAGAGCCAGGAGG